GACACUCGCUCCUUAGUCGCUCGUUGGUUCACGCUAACAUCUCAACUGCUUGCAAAAGAGGAGAAGAAAAAAUACAAAACAAAAUGAGUAGAUACCGGAGAAAAACUGAACUAGAAACAAAUGACAGAGGUAUGGAAGGGAACUGCUAAAAAUAUCCAGAGCUGUCAUUUUUUCUUUUCUUUUUUUUUGCACAAUUUUUCUUUUUUCGCUCCCUGGAUACCUGACCGACAGGAUUAAAAAUGACUUAAAUUUCAAUCAGUUGUGGCAGGAGAGAAAGAAAGAGGGAUGAAAAAAGAGGAGUUUGUCCUCUGAAGAGAUUCAGCGGCACACAGCUGGUGAGAACAAGGGAGUGUUAGACGGAGAGAGAGAAAUCAAGAGAGGGAGGGAAGAGGACCGGAGUCCGAAAGAGAGAGAAAGAGGGUCUUGUUUCGCAUUUGAGGAAGCCAGGAGUCGGAUCGCCUUUUCCUGCAGGACUACCCGACUGGAAAUGCUCGAAAAGCAGUCAUCCCACCAUCCCACCAUCCUGUUUUUCUCCGUGCUUUGGACGUUGUUUUGCUGUGGCAGACCUGGCAGCUCACUGGAAUUCGACACUGAAAGACGAAUGGCACAAACAACUGAAGAGGCGAAUACAUGAAAACAACAAUCACGGCAAUUUGGAGGAGAACACAAACAAGGAGCACAUCUGGAAUAAAGAAUAAACAGACUGACAGAAUGAGAGAGCAAGAUGAGGAGGCGGCGUUGAAUGGGAAAAUGAGCACAUAAACCUCGCAGGUGGAUGAAAAGAAGCAGGCAAAGAAGAUGAGAGGAAGCGAAAAACAGCAGGAUCCUGGAAAAUAGAGGGAAGAACAGCUGGAAAGACUCAAAAUAUGGUGAGAAUCUUAAAACGCAUUCAGUGGAAAUGUGAAACUGCUGGAAGGCGCCAAAGCCAAAAUGUUUCACAACAGGAACAUUUUAACAAGGGAAGAGCAUAUCCCGGUGUUUUCCACAAACCAAACUGAAGGAGACACGAGUGGAAUUGAUAGUCUGAUUCAAGUUGAAUCCUCAUGUUUGAAGUGUGCGCAUGGACACAAGAUAGACACACAAAAACUCUGUGACACUUCUUUACCUUGAAAAGGGAUAAACACCUUCAGUCUGGAUUUAAAAAAUAAUAAUAAACACCUCUGUAACUUAAACACAUGCAGAUAAACACCAGGAAACGAGCAGCUAAUUGACCCUGGGAUCAACACAGACAGAAAAGGUCUGUGGAUCACUCCCCUAUCUACCAUGCAAGACUCCCCACCCCUUCAGCCAUUCAGAAAACCACAUCCGUCCCACAUUUUAUGCCAUCCUCACAAAAACACACACUCCCCCUCAUUCCCCUCUCAUCCGUCUAUCCAUCUGAAACAAACUAUCCUCAAGCCCUCUGAAGCAUUCCGUCAACCAUCCCGUUCACUGUGGCCAAAGUUAACCAGCAGAUACUCACCCCCAGACACAUCCUCACUGCCACUGCCACUGCCAUUCCUGCACUGGCUGGCACUGUUCACUUGUGCCUGUUUGCUGCCUGUUCUUUUUGGUCAGAUUCCAGGAGCCGUAGCCGGUGAGACGUGGGGCGUAGUCUCAUCGUGUCCCUUCCACUGCGUCUGCAGGAAUCUCUCGGAAUCUCUAAGUACACUUUGUGCCGACAAAGGUCUUCUUUUCGUCCCGCCAAACAUUGACCGGCGAACCGUUGAGCUUCGUCUUGCUGACAACUUCAUUCGAGAAGUGGGAGGAGCUGACUUUGCCAACAUGACAGGACUGGUGGAUUUGACACUAUCCCGGAAUACCAUCAGUCACAUCCGGCCACUGGCAUUUGCAGAUCUGGAAAGUCUUCGAUCAUUGCACUUAGAUGGCAAUCGACUUUCCGUGCUGGGCCCACGAGACUUAGCAGGCAUGCUAAACCUGCAACAUCUUAUUGUCAACAACAACCAGCUCAUCAAUAUCUCCUCAGAGGCCUUUGAUGACUUUUUACUCACUCUAGAGGACUUGGACUUAUCCUAUAACAAUCUGCGCAAGGCUCCCUGGGAUGCCAUUCAGAGCAUGUCGAGUCUGCACACUUUAAACCUAGAUCACAAUCUCAUUGACCAGAUCGCUGAGGGGUCUUUUAGUGAGCUCUACAAACUAGCCCGAUUGGACAUGACCUCCAAUCGCCUAAAGACUUUACCACCCGAUCAGUUGUUCGCUCGCUCCCAAACAGGGGUAAUCAGUCCUACACCUUACAAUGCUGUGAUCAACUUGAAUUUCGGGGGUAACCCAUUACACUGCAACUGUGAAUUGCUUUGGUUGAGGAGGCUAAUCCGCAGUGAUGAUAUGGAGACCUGUGCUACACCACUUCAUUUAGCGGGACGUUACUUCUGGUCUAUUCCUGAGGAGGAAUUUGCCUGUGAGCCUCCGCUUAUUACCCGACAUACACACAAACUCUGGGUUUUAGAGGGCCAAAGGGCAACACUCAAAUGUCGUGCUAUUGGUGAUCCAGAGCCAGUUGUGCACUGGGUCUCACCAGAUGAUCGCAUCAUCGGCAAUUCCAGUCGCACCACAUCUUUCCGCAAUGGCACUCUUGAGCUACUUGUGACUGUUGCUCGGGAUGAUGGUACGUACACUUGCAUUGCUAUUAAUGCUGCAGGUGAGGCCACCUCGCUAGUUGACCUGAAGGUUAUCCCACUCCCCCAUCGUGGAAAUGGAACGGUUUUGUUAACUCGUGACCCAGGAUCAUCGGACAUCACCAGAGGGAAGACCUCCAGUGGGCAAAACCCUGGCCUGGACACUAACAGUGAUCCCCAGGAGGGACUGGAGGAGGGUCAAGCAGAGAGUGAGGAUGUGGUCAGCGAAGGGGGUGAGGAGCAGAUGGUGAAAGUACAAGGAGUGACCUCCACCUCAGCACAAGUGAGAUGGGGAAAGGGUCGUCUAAUGGCAGCCAACCUUGUGUGGAUGUUUCAAAUACAGUAUAACUGCACUGCAGAUGAGUCACUAAUUUACAGGAUUCUCCCCCCCACGAGUGACAGCUUCCUACUGAAAAACUUGGUCUCUGGCUCAGACUACAACUUGUGCGUUCUAUCCAUUUUUGAUGACACGGUCACUUCCAUGGCCGCCACAAAGGUCCUUGGUUGCACACAGUUUAGCACCAAGGACAAUUACCCAGACUGUCGUUCUCUUCAAGCCCACUUCCUUGGCGGGACUCUUACCAUUCUGGUUGGUGGAGUUGUUGUGGUAACACUGUUGGUGUUUACCGUGGCACUGAUGGUACGUCACCGUGUGUGCAGUAACCAUGAUAUUCAUCACGAAAUAGGAGAAGAGGUGGGAUGCUCAGGAACAGACUCCCCAUCUCUUCCUGCCAAGGGAGCUGAUGUCUUUUCUCAGAGUAACGGAAAUGGGAAUGUGAUGAUGGUGGUGUUGCCCAAUGGGCUCGUUCAAAAACGAAAAGUUGCAGAGGGGGGGUUGGGGUCACAGCCCAAACCGACUUCCAAAGUAAAACCAAAAACCCUCCCAAAGCCCAAAGUGAAUCUGGAGCAGUUUAGGGCAGGACUAGAAGUCGAAAUGGGUUCCGUCACACCUCUCCCACCGUACACAAUGGAGAAACAGCAAAUGUCUUUGUAUUAUACAUCCAGCAAUCAUUCUGCCUCCACACUGCCGCGCCCGUCACGCCAAUUAGGAGCGAAACCACUCAAAUUCCGACCUACCAACAUGAACACAAGUAAACGGGCCAGUUUAAGCUUGGCCCCGCCCAAUAAGUACAGUUAUGACAGGCGGUUCAGCACGGGAGGAGGCAUUGUAGUCUGUCGGGGAGGUCCAGAGAGCCAAUGGAAUUCCUCACUGGCCUAUCAGAGCCCUUCGUUGUCUCGCGAGAGGCCUCCUCAUGGAGCCCUGCGCUACAAGAGAAGCUCUUCAUUCGACAUGGGUGAAAUCGCCACGUCAGCCUGCUAUAGUUAUGCCAAGAGGUUUAGUGUAAUCUGGACGAAACGGAGCCAGUCGUUACAUGGCAUGCUUGUCCAGUGCACCUCAGCAACAAGCACCUCAACAACCAGCAGUGGCAGUGAAGAUUUCCACGCACAGCACACACGCGGAUACAUCCGUGCCUACAGCGCCACCAAUUCCAAUUCCAACCCUCCUAAAGCAGAGGUUACAACAAAUUCAAAGAACCAGCGGCUGAAGGAUAAAGAAAAGGGAGAAGAACUUGAGGAGAGUGUGGUGUAGGGAAAGAAGACAGAUGAGACACACACGUAGACAAAUGAAGACACAGGCUGCUAACACACACCUCAAGAUGGAUGUGAAAGUAUUCAAAGAGCAAACCAGUCUGAAGGAGAGCUGAAAACAUGGUAAAGUUAUUGUAUGAGAGAUAAAAAAGACAAGGCAAAAAGAUUUUAGAAGGCAGAUAUAUAAAUGUCAAGACUCCUAAAAAUAUAACACGACUACUUUGUCAGUGAAUCUUGGAGAACCACAAACUAUAAUGAACAAAACAUAUAUGACUAAAGACAAGCAGGCCUCAAGAAGCGUUAUCUACUAACUCACGUGGAGCUGGGGGAAAUAUGAUGGUUUGUUUUCCUGCAUCCAUGUGAAUAUAGGGAGAGGGCCAGCGAGCAGACGUGCCGACUCAUGCCCAAUCGAUAGGAAGAGAUCAAUUGAUAAUUGCAACAAUAGAAUUACAGCAAAUGUGGGAUGUAGAGGAUGCAAACUGCAAGGAAAGUGUACAAAUGGACGGCAUGAUUUGGAACACUUUUGGAAAAUAAAUGGGAAUUGACUGACAAUUGACAUGUCGUGUGUGAGGCUGUAUGUGUGUGUAAGUGUGUUAGUGAGCGAAUGGAUUCAUGCACAAAAAAGUAAUCAAAAUUAAUUUUAUGACACCAUUGGAUCUACUGUACCAUGUGACCAACAUCAUCCAGUACAAAAAUGUGUUCUGUGAAGCCAAGAGACUAUUGUGUUGCUGUAAGGACACUGGACUAUUACAGAAGGAACAAUUAUUAAAAGAAAUGCCAUUCCAAGACUACAGAAUCAAUUAAUAAAUUCUGUUUUAAAAAUACAUUUUAGUUGGAGAAAUGGAUAAAGGACACUAAUGAGAAAUGUUUCUUUUUGUCUUUCAUAAAUGAUAAAAAAGGUUCAGCUUUUGUUGGAGUAAACUCAAUGUCAAUGUCAUCAAGUGUUCUUUUUUUCUUUUAACUAAGUACAGAACUGAAAAUUAAAAUAAGGAAACUAGUGAUAUUAAAUACCAUCUUAGUCAGCUAAAAACUUUUAUUUCUUUAGGAAUAUUCUGGGUGCGGUAAAAGUUCAGCUCAUUUGACGUGCAUUCAUGAUAUACAGUAAUGUUGAUUACCAUACAAAUUAAUUUUGACUAAUUUUCUAAUAUAAAAAAAAGGAAAAAUCUGAGGUUUUCAUCAUUGGAAGUGAAUGGUGCCAAUCCCAAUAAUGUUUCAUUUUUUUUGGAAUAGCAUAGCUACAGAAUGUAAAUAAUAUGUGUGUGACAUUAUCUCCGAGUGUAAAAACACUACCAUUCAAAAGCUUGGCAUCAUUAAGAUUUUUUUUUUAAAGAAAUUAAAACUUUUAUUCAUUAAGGAUGGAUCAAACCGAUCAAAAAUGACAGUAAAGACAUUUAUGUUAGAAAUUGUAGUCAUAAAUUAUAAUGUUAGACAACUUUCAAAUUAUUUAUUUUCAAACAAAUGCAGUCUUAGUUUGCGAAAGAGAUUUAUUUCAAGGACAUUACAAAAUCUCGCAGACCCCAAACAUUUGAACAGUAGUAUGUAUCCAUGUUUGUCAUUAAAACGCAACGCCAUUAACCUCAAACUUAUCUUUCGUGGUAAUCAUAAUAACACCACAAAUGCUGUUGAAUAAACUUGUAUUGAACCCAGAAUAUUUAUUUUAAAAAAGAGGGAAAAGAAACAAUACAGUGCAGCACAGUUAAGCACUUUAAGUAAAGAUAAGACAAAAAAGUUACUUUUUUAAGUUUUUUUUUGCCACCUUUUGUUGCCUAAAAAAGAGGGCAGGAGACUUGAUCGCUAAAUUACUCUUCCUCUUUCCCAUUGUCAUGUCCUGUGUAUCUGCAGUUUGAGAUAGUUGCUGAGGAAGGGCAGUGUGUGAGGCUGAGAUAAAGACAGGGAAAAAGACGGAUUGAGGGAAAGAGAUAGGGCAGACAGCGCUGUCUGCAAGAGUGCUGAUGCGGGACACCAAGAGAGGGAGAGCUAAAGUGAGCGAGGACAAUGGAUAGAGAUGGGAAAAAAAGAGAGAGGGCAUUGUGCCUGUAAUGUGCGUUUUAGCUGUAUUUUUGUCAUGUAAGUACUUUGCCAGAAUUUAUCUCAUUGCCAAUAAAGCCUAUUAAGAA